UGAAGGUUGAAGUGGGCGUGUCUAAGCGCUCUCCUAAACAAGCCCGUUUGUCAUUGCGGUGUCUUUACUGAUCUGAAUCCUGGUUAAAUGGUGGUGAUCGGUGCAGAUCGGAGUGCCGUGUCUGAACUCUCAAUCAUGUCGGCUGCGAGUCAAGCAGAGAGAGCUGUGUUGGAGGAAGAGUUCAGCUGGCUCCUCAAGGAGGAGGUACACGCCGUGUUGAAACAGCUGCAGGACAUUUUGAAGGAAGCUUCCAGACGCUUUUCAGUGCCUACUCCAGGGAUGGAGGGUCAGUUAAAACAAGAGAACUUCAUUCUUGGCAGCUCCACCAUGGACCAGGUGAAAGGAGUCCUGACUCUGCAGGGUGAUGCUCUGACUCAAGCUGACAUCAAUAUUAAGAUGGCUAAAAGCACUCAGGUGAUGCACUUCACAUUCCGGGAAGAUAAACAGUGGAAAUUACAACAGAUCCAGGAUGCGAGGAAUCAUGUGAACCAGGCACUUCAGCUGCUCAGCAGCCGUGACGAGAGCUAUCACUUUAAAACUGGCGCCGAGGUCAAUAAGCUGAUGGAUGCCGUAAUGAUGCAGUUGACCCGAGCACGCAAUCGUCUUACCACACCGGCUACCAUGACUCUGCCUGAACUCGCCUCCACCGGAUUAAUGAGGAUGUUUACGCCCCCAAUGCCCGGCGACUUGAUGGUGAAUUUGUACAUAAACCUCAGUAAGCUCUGCCUGACCGUCUAUCAACUGCACGUGCUUCAGCCCAACACUACUAAGAACUUCAAACCAGCAGGAAGUUCAGUUACACAUAAUCCUGGAUCGAUGUUUGAACUAAACAACACUAAGUUCGAGGUGAGCCACGUGCACAAAGUGGAGUGUGUGGUGCCGUGGUUGAACGACACGCUGGUGUUUUUCACCAUCUCACUGCAGCUCUGCCAGCAGCUGAAAGAUAAGAUUUCUGUGUUCUCCAGCUUCUGGAACUACAGGCCCUUUUAAUGACCUGUUAUGUCAAAAAUGUCAAUUUGUGCAAAAAGUGCAAAAUUCAAUAUAAAACCAAACUUUAAAUGCGCAAAAGAAAACACACCACGUAUUGAAUCCACAUAUCCGCUUUUGGACCAACUGUUCAUUUAUCUUCAAGCAUUAGAACUGGAUAGAAUGAGUUCAUGGAAAUGAAACGAGGAUGAUAAUUAACUUGGAUUUAAUAUUCAAUAUGGAAGUAAAAUCCUGUUAUUCCGUUCUUUUUUUUUUUUUGAAAAACUGUGAAAUGUUAAAAGUAUCCGAGCUAUGAUCAAAACGUGGUUAGCAGUGUUUUUCUAAUGACACUAUUAUAACGUUAUCAUUCCUUAUGCUUGUUUUAUGGUCCAUGACACAUUUCAGUGAAUCAUAGGCACUUUUUUUUUCUUCAGUUUGUCCGAAAGUGAUAAUUUUGCAUUAAGGUGAAAUUAUACACAUUUUACCUUGGGCAACUUUUGCUGAUUAUAUUUUUGCAUUAAUGUACACUCGUAUGGCCAAAAGUGUCCGUCACACCCGUAUGUGGUUCAUGUUCAAGCUGUUGCUGCAAUAAUGGUAUAGAAUGUCAAACGUUACAAAUUCCCUUCAGUGGUAAUAGGAGGCCAAAAUCUGUUCCAGCAUGACGAUGCUUCGGUGCUCCAUGACACUGUGGGUUUUUUACUGAACAGGAAUAUUAACUGACCAAACAUCAGCUCACCAAACAUCCGAGUAAAGGUUAUUAUAACAGCAUAGUUUGAUUUAGAACAUAUUGGUGUGAUUCAUUAGGCGUCCACAAACAUUUGGCCAUGGUGGUGUAAUCGCGCACUACAUGACCAUAUUAGCUACACUAUAUGGCCAAAAGUUUGAGGACACUUGACCAUAUGACAGUGCUUUUUGAGCAUCCUAUUCCACGUUUAGUGCUGGUUUGCUGUUAUAAUAACCUCCACUCUUCUGGGAAGAUGUUCCAGGCACUGAUGUAGGUGAGGUGAGGAGACCUGGGGUGCAGUCAGCAUUCCAAUUCAUCCCAAAGGUGUUCUCCUAGUUGACGUGAGGAGAAAAUUUCACUCUACUGCAUCUAAAAACAUUCUAUAAAAUUGUAUACCUACAGCAUUUUGCUCACAGUUUGGGGAAGAACCACAUGACUGGGGAAAUCAAUCCCAAUCGUCCCAAUACUUUUGCCUACAUUGUGUAUAUUGUACACUUAUACAUUCCUUCUAUUCCUGUAUUGACUCUGUUUCUCUUCCUACUAUGAUACAAGCCGUGCUGUCUGUGUUAAAUUAUUCCUAUGUUUUAUUUAUUCAACGUGGUAUUAUAAUUGUUUGACUUUUCCAACUCAGAACAUGUAUCUUUGUGUUAAAGGAUAUAUUUUCCCCCUCUACAUUUGUUUUCCGUCCACUCUAAUAACUGUGCAAUAAACAUAUUGAAGUCGA